CGGGAUGUCCGCGUUUUCGGGAUGGUAUGCGUGCUAGUAUUCCUUCUCUACACAUUUGUUGUUUCGCUAGUAGCCUCAUAUGGCUCGCUGGCAUACACAUCUCCCAUCCAGUGCGCAUUCAUCCAACCUAAACCAGCCCCGGAUGCAUUCACCGUACUCGCCCUAUUGUAAUGGGUCAUAGCCAUGUAUCUCAUUGUGUUUGGAUAUUACACUCGGGUUUCAGGUCUCUACUCGGACCACGGAUUGAUGGCCCUUCUUUUGUAUCCGGGAAUCCGUCUGCAAUGGCGCAGGAUUUUGAGGGACCAGGCACCGCACCUGUCACCGGACCAGGUACUGCAGGUUGUGCUCGCCUCGUCUCGGGCACGAAGGCUGGGCUCCAUCCUUAAGCUUACAUCACAAUGCGGUAAUGGGCAGCGACCUGUUAGUUCGCCGUACUUGGCUCUCUUGCAGGGGGGUUAUUUGAUUUCGGGUUCUUUCUUUAUAAGCCUAAAUGGAGUCGCCUUUAGUUUGUCGUAUGGCAUUACCCAGCUCGUCAGCUAUCGCUGGGUAUGGGCACCGCGACUGGAAGAGGACAUAAAGUCGAUGGGCUUUGGUCAAAUCAUGGCUGUUUUCCUACUUAUUUUGCCUUUCCUGGCGGCUGCGGAGAGCUAUUAUGGUACUGACUGGCUGUGCAUUAAAGAAUAUCUGCAAUCCCGCACCGAACUUCCGGAUGCUGGUAGUGCCGAGCCACGCAUCUCCGAAAGCGGUAUUCUUGAUGGCACAGCAUCAUCACCCCCCCGUUCGAUGUCAUCACCAACGCCGAUUUCCCAAACGUCGGGUGCCGAACGAGUCAAGGCCGAGUUUGUCAACAAUGUGGACAAGAUCAAAAAGUACCUUGCAGGUGACGUCUACUAUAUCCGUCACAUCGAGGCUCAACAAGAACCUUCCAGUACCGCCGAACAAGACCUCAUCGAAAAGAAGAGAGCUGUGUUAAUUCGAUAUGAACGCCUCAUCGAAUGUGAACGCCAGGUCUUUCCUAAGACUAAGGCUGUUGCAAUAUUCUUGUUGUUCUUUCACUUUAGCGGGAGUAUUACUCUCGGUGUUCUGCUCAAUCUGGUUAAGGGUGUCGAUAUUAGCAGCGGGUUGGCGAUCGCCAUGGUGCUAGGAGCUGCGACUUUCGUGCGGUUGAAGGACACCCUGACGCUCCCGUUCCAGCAGCCGCAGCUCGUGUCUCUUGAACAACCGGAAACUCGCAGCCAGGAGUCCGGUGGCAGCCAAGGUGGAGACCAGGGACCCGAUGAGGGUAAUGCGCUUGAACUUGACGAGAUAGCCGCUGCGCGAAGGACUGCCACUGUGCUCCUUGAAGAGGGGGGACCACGUUGAGAGAGUACGAGAGGGCAUAGCUUGAUCCGAAAUUCUGGAAGCACAGCACUCGAUGCCAGAUUCUUCACAACUUAUGAGUCUAUCCGGAGAAUUCAUCGAAGUUUGGUUUUG